UGUGUAGAUGUUACAACACGGGGUCUUAAGAGAAAGUUAUCUGAUGAAAAUAAAGAUACACCAAAAAAGGAAGAUUGUGAAGUAAAUGAACAGAUUGUCACUGAAAAUUUAGAAUGUGAGUCCAAUACGUUUAAAGAUGAUUCUUUUCAAAAUAAAGAUAUAACUAGUGAAACAGGAGGCAUGAAGUGCAUUGGAAUUUUACCCGGGCUUGGCUCUUAUGAAGAUUCUAGCGAUAGUGAUUGUAGUUCAGAUACAGAUCAAGAUCCGGAACCAAAUCAUUCCAAAUAUGAUCUUUUAGGUCGAAAAAUAAUAAUGUUAAAAGAUAAAGAAAAAAGCUGAAUGCAAAAUACUUGUAAACGCCUCUUCAUUCAUAGGUAAAUUACCA